AUGCCGAAAGCAGAGGUCGGGUCCGUCAAGUACCUGAACAACAAGAUGAAGAUGAAGGGCCUCCAACGCUUGCGAUGGUACUGCACCCCCUGCGAAAAGCAAACACGUGAUGAGAAUUCGUUUAAGCAGCAUUGCCUGUCCGAAUCGCACGUCCGGAAGCUCCUCCUCGUCGGCGAAGACCCCAAGAAGUUCCUCAACGAGUACAGCAACCAGUUCCUCCGCGACUUCAUUCAGCUGCUCCGCACCGGUCACGGCGAGAAGCAGGUUCAUAUCAACCACUUCUACCAAGAGUACAUCGCCAACAAGGAGCACGUCCACAUGAACGCGACGAAAUGGCCCAGCUUGACCGAGUUUGCGAAACACCUGGGCAGGGAGGGCAUCUGUCGCGUCGAGGAGACGGAGAAGGGCCUUCACAUUGCCUGGAUCGACAACUCCCCCGAGGCGCUCAAGAGACAAGAAGCACUCCGAAGAAAAGAGGCGCAGGAUCGAGGAAACGAAGAGGUCGAGCAGAUGAUGAUUCGAGAGCAAAUAAAGCGUGCGCAGAAACAGGCUGAAGCGAGGGGGGAGAAGGACGAGAAGGACGAGGACAAGGAAAAGGGGCUUCAGCGCGCUGAGGGGGAGAAGAUAUCGCUGUCGUUUGGGGCGAAACCCAAGGCCGAGCCGUCCAAAACCGAAUCUCCUGACGCGUCUGGUUCCGCGACGCCCCCGGUGGCGGCAGAGAAGCCGGCGGAGAAACCUGCGGAUAAGCCUUCAUUAGGCGGCAUUUCACUCAAGAUGAUGGCCAAGCCGGAGAAGAAGAACGUCUUUGCGCGAGCCAAGAAGAAUGCGCUGGCUGGUGGCGCGAAGAAGUCGGCUUUCGAGCAGCCUAAGAAGAUGAGCGAGGCCGAGAGAAUCAUGAAAGAGGACAUGGAAAGGAUGGAAAAGAAGAGGCCGAGGGAGGGUUCCGGGUUUGGGGGGUUCUCGUUUAAGAAGCAGAAGACGGACCAACGGUGA